UUAGGAGUCUUACUCUGAAUGCAUUUGUAUGAAAAUUAUAGAGAGGGUAGAAUCAUGAUUGUCAUGAUUGUUAAUGUCAAUAAAAAGUGGUAUCAGGUUAAAAAAAAAAACACUACAUUGAAAGUAGCAAUAACUGGAUUCUGCUGUCUUCUUCCAACCUUGAAAAAGACAUAUAACUUCUCUGCAUGUCUCUUCUCUGAUCCUGGGGAAAGUGUGUUUCCUGUGGCUGUUGUACAGAUGAGGUAACUUAUGUGAAGUGUUCUGAACUCCUUAAGGAACAAUGUCAAAGCAAUGAAAUGCAGUACCAUUAUUACAGUAAAGAUGGUGAAGAGGAGGAGAAGACAGAUCUACAUUUUCUUCCUUAAUUUUGUAAUCUUUCCAGACGCUGGUAGGUCCUUCUGAAGCCAUUCCCUGUUCCUUAGGUUGCACUGGUGGGGGCUUCCAUGCCGGAGGCAGAAGGGAUACUCUCUACCCUCUGAAACCAUUCAUCAGGAAGGCCUUGGUUGAGAUGUGCUAGGAGAGCACAGUAUCUGCAAAUAGAAGGCACCUGUCUCCCUUCUGCAGUCCAAGGAGAGGCUGCCAUGGACAGUGUGUUUCAUGGCUUGUCUACUCCUCUUUCACAGACCCUACAGCUUGGGGCCUGGGCUCCUCUGACCACCCUCACUGACAAAGGAAAGUGAGUCCAGAGAAGUUGAUGCUUCCUACCUGUUGGAGCAGGCCAGCAGUAUAAGCGUGUUGUUACUGUCCCAUCCGCCAUGUCCUUCAGUGCCACCAUUCUCUUCUCCCCUCCCAGUGGCAGCGAGGCCAGAUGCCGCUGCUGCACCUGUAGGAGUGAGACUAGUGGGGGCAACGCAGGCUCCGAGGGCGGGAAUCCUCCUCCCAGCACCCCCAUCACAGUGACUGGACAUGGCCUGGCUGUUCAGAGCUCGGAGCAGCUCCUGCAUAUUAUCUACCAGCGGGUGGAUAAGGCAGUGGGUUUGGCUGAAGCCGCUCUGGGUCUUGCCAGGGCCAACAAUGAGUUGCUAAAACGUCUCCAGGAGGAAGUGGGCGAGCUAAGGCAAGGGACAGUGUCCACCCCUGAUGAAGAUGGGGAAAGCCGGGCACAUAGUUCUCCACCUGAGGAGCCUGGGCCUCUCAAGGAGAGUCCCGGGGAAGCCUUCAAGUCUCUGUCUGCCGUGGAAGAGGAGUGUGACAGCGUGGGCAGUGGCGUGCAGGUGGUGAUUGAGGAGCUGCGGCAGCUGGGAGCAGCCUCAGUAGGGCCUUUGGACUUCCCAGCAACUCAGAAGGACAUGCGGCUCUCGGGGUGCACGCUGGCUGCCAGCGAGGGGCCCCCCCUGCUCAAUCCUCUGGUGGAUGAUUAUGUGGCUUCUGAGGGUGCAGUACAGCGAGUGCUGGUCCCUGCUUAUGCCAAGCAACUCUCACCAGCCGCACAACUGGCAAUCCAGCGGGCAACCUCAGAGACAGGACCAGAAAAUGGAACCAAGUUGCCACCACCUCACCCUGAGGACAUGCUCAAUUCUGCUGCUGCGCUGGACAGUGCCUUGGAAGAGUCAGGCCCUGGGAGCACUGGGGAGCUGAGACACUCUCUAGGGCUGACUGUUUCCCCAUGCAGGACCAGAAGAAGUGGGCAGAAGAACUCCAGGCGCAAGCGGGAUCUGGUACUUUCUAAACUGGUCCACAAUGUGCAUAACCACAUCACCAAUGACAAGAGAUUCAAUGGGUCUGAAAGCAUCAAGUCCUCUUGGAAUAUUUCAGUAGUGAAGUUUCUUCUGGAAAAGCUCAAGCAAGAGCUGGUGACCAGUCCUCACAAUUACACUGAUAAGGAGCUAAAAGGAGCCUGUGUGGCCUACUUCCUUACCAAAAGGCGUGAGUACCGCAACUCCCUGAACCCCUUUAAAGGCUUAAAGGAAAAAGAGGAGAAGAAACUUCGAAGUCGCCGAUAUCGGCUUUUUGCCAACCGAUCCAGUAUCAUGAGGCAUUUUGGACCUGAGGAUCAACGUCUGUGGAAGGAUGUGACAGAGGAGCUGAUGUCAGAUGAAGAGGACAGUCUUAACGAGCCAGGUGUGUGGGUGGCCCGCCCUCCCCGUUUCCGGGCCCAGCGCCUCACAGAGCUCUGCUACCAUCUGGAUGCUAACUCUAAGCAUGGCACCAAAGCCAACCGUGUAUAUGGGCCCCCCUCAGACAGACUGCCUUCUGCUGAAGCCCAGCUUCUUCCACCAGAACUUUAUAAUCCUAAUUUCCAAGAAGAGGAAGAUGAGGGAGGAGAUGAGAAUGCAUCUGUCUCCCCAUCUUUUGACCAACCCCACAAAACCUGCUGUCCUGACUUGAACUCAUUCAUUGAAAUCAAGGUGGAAAAGGAUGAAUGAAAUCUAUAGCCAAGAAUAACUCUGGCUCUCACCAUGCCUCAUGUCCCAGAAAUAAGUGGCCAUGGGGCUUCCCAAAAUAAUGAGAUGCUCUGUGCAGUCUGAGAAAGC